ACAGAUAACUUUGAUAUAACCCAUUUGUUGUUUGUUUAAUCACACAUCUCCAUCUUUCUCUCUCUAAAAAGUUUAUCUUUGUUUAGAGAGAGAGUAUCAUCAUCAUCAUCAUCAAAGCUGCUGUAUAUCAAAUGAUUUGAAAAGAAAGGUCAAAUCAACAACCCACACACACACACCCUUCUUUGAUCCAUUCGCAGAUGGUGAAGAAUGGAGGCUGUGAAUUGAAAUCGAUUUGAGUUUUUGAAGAAGUUUGUUGAUGUAUAGAAGGUGAAGAGAGAUCGAUGGCGAGUUAUUACAGUGGGAAUUCGGAAAUUCAAGGCGGAGAUGGGUUGCAGACGCUGGUUUUGAUGAACCCUGGUUAUGUAAACUAUUCCGACCACCACCAACCACCACCACAACCUCCGGCUGGGAAUUUCAUGUUUCUUAACAAUCAUCAUCAACAACCAUCGCAGACACAACAAUUUGUAGGGAUCCCUCUUUCGUCACAACCAUCGGGUUCUAUUCACUCCCAACACGACAUCUCUGCUCUACACACCUUCAUGCCACGAGUCCAGUACAACAUGUAUUCUCCGGUGGAGCUGGCGGCGCCACCGCAUGAGGUCGCAAGAUUCCAACAAGGUUUAUCGUUAACACUCUCGUCUCAGCAAUCCGGAUUCGGGUCUCAGGGUACCGGAGUACCCACUGCUUCUCCGAGGGGAGAAGGAAGAGUAAUUCCAGGCGGCGGCGCUGGUGGUGGCGGAGACGGUGGUGGUGGUGGAUCGACACCAUCAGCAUCUGGGGUUUCGAACGGAGUUAACAGUAUGCAGAGUGUACUCUUGAAUUCCAAAUACUUAAAAGCAACCCAUGAGCUUCUUGAAGAAGUUGUGAACGUGGGUAAAGGAGUUUUCAAGAACUCCGAUCAUUCCACCAAGAACCUCAUCACCACCGGCGGUGGCGGAUCACCGGCGCAAACCAGCGGAGAUGAAACCAGCAGCAAACGUGUCGAUGGAGCUGAACUUACCACCGCAGAAAGACAAGAAGUUCAAAUGAAGAAAGCGAAACUCGUAAACAUGCUUGAUGAGGUGGAACAGAGGUACAGACAAUACCAUAACCAGAUGCAGAUUGUGAUCUCAUGGUUUGAACAAGCAUCUGGAAUCGGAUCUGCGAAAACUUACACAGCAUUAGCGCUUCAAACAAUUUCGAAGCAAUUCAGAUGCUUGAAAGAUGCGAUCAUGGGGCAAAUUAAAACUGCUAGCAGGAAUUUAGGUGAAGAAGACAAUAAGAUUGAAGGUGGAUCACGUCUGAAAUUUGUAGAUAAUCAGAUUCGACAACAAAGAGCUUUACAACAAUUGGGAAUGAUUCAACACAACGCAUGGAGACCCCAAAGAGGAUUGCCUGAACGUUCUGUUUCUGUUCUUCGUGCUUGGCUGUUUGAACAUUUCCUCCAUCCAUAUCCUAAGGAUUCAGACAAGCAUAUGCUUGCAAAACAAACCGGGCUUACUAGGAGUCAGGUUUCGAAUUGGUUUAUAAAUGCUCGAGUGAGGCUAUGGAAGCCAAUGGUUGAGGAGAUGUACUUGGAAGAAACGAAAGAACAAGAACAAAACAGACUCAAAGAAAACAAAGGGAGUAAAAGCGAACAAAGUGACGAAAACGAAAAUUCGUUAUCAAGACAAGAAAACUCAAAAAGUGUUUCACCGGAAAAUUCGAAAAGAAACUUCAACCAACCUCCUCCACCAUCAAUAUCUGUUUCUCCCACUGGAAUCAACUUCCAAAACCAGUCUGGUUUCUCUUCACAAAUGGACGGAAUCACACAAUUCAAUAGCAAGAAGCCGCGAACGAAUGUAGGUUUUAUGGGAAAUCCGACUGACUUCAUGGGGGGCCUGGGUGGGUACCCUGUCGGAGAAAUCGAGCGGUUUGGUAAUCACCAAUUCCAAUCACCAUAUUCGGGAAAUGCAGUCUCUUUGACUUUAGGUCUCCCUAAUGAAAACAUUAGUGGAAUGGAAUUAGCCGAAACGAAUGAAUUCGAACCCAUGAAUCAACAAUCUUCUUCACACUCAACCACAAUUUAUGAGACCAUCAACAUUCAAAAUCAAAAAAGGUUUGGAGCACAACCUCUGCCCGAUUUUGUUACUUAAUGAAAUCAAAAAAGAAGAUUCAAUAUUGGAAUUGGAGUUAUAUAUAGAUAUAGAUUAGGGUUUCUAGAUUAUAUGGGAUGUAUAUUAAUUUUGGAUAGAAUGGAUUGGUAUAUUGUAUGCAUAAUGUACGUAUGUAAAACUAGUUGUAUCUUUUGAUGGGGGUAUACAAAAUCAAUAUUUAUAAUUUAUAAUUUA